AAUAUGAAAGGAUUAAUUAGUAUAAAAUAGAUAUUGAUUGAUUUUGUGGUAAAGAAAUAACAAAACCCUAGAAUAGAGGCUUUAAAUGUUGUUUCUUUAUUAUUUACAGAGAAACGCAAUUUCGCCUUUAUUUCAUUCACCAUAGUGUGAUAUUAUUAUAAAACAACAUUUUCUGCAAAUAUUUCAAGAAAUAUGGAAAAGUUAAGAUUUGAUUUUGCUGUGAAACCUGCGGCAGAUGGAAAAUCAAAUGUUUUGUGUAUAACAUCAAUUGCUACACCUGGUGGGCAGAUUUUUGGAUUACCACCGGAACACCAGCCUGUGCAUAUGCAUCCAGCAAUUACAAAUACUUCCAACUAUGCCAAAAUACGGAAAUCGUUAACUAAAAGACAUCAAACAAGAAAAAUUUGGAUAACUUUGACAGAAGAGAUAUCAAAAGUAUACUUGGAUGAGGAGGAAAACAUACAGUGUAAUGAUAUUUAUUUGGAAGAAAUUUCGGAAACAAAUGUUGAAUCUAUGCCUAGCGGUUCAAAUCAAACAUUGGAAAAAAUCUUAGAAAAAUUGCUUGACGAAAAACAAAAGAAGUCUGAAACACAGAAUUUAGGGAAAAUUGCAAAGGAUUUCAUGAUUAACAAAUUUUCCGGGCGAAACUCAAAUGCUUACCAGUGGAUUCAAGAUUUUAAUAAAGAAUGUGAACGUUUCCAAAUUAAUGAAGAAAGAAAAAAAAUUGAAAUUCUGAAAAACUUCUUGGAGUACUCCAGUGUUGAUUGGUACAGUUGUAUGCUAAUGAAAUUUACUGUAGAAUCAGAGUGGAAUAAAUGGGAGAAAAACUUCUGUGAGACGUUUGCAAACAAAGGAUGGUCACCCAUUAGAUAUGCUCUUACCUUUAAAUAUCAAGCAGGUUCGUUACUCGAGUAUGCCUUAAAGAAAGAAAAACUGUUACUGGAAAUAAGAAAAUCAACAGAUACUGGAACGCUUAUCGACCUUAUAGCACUUGGUCUGCCUAAUUAUGUAGCGGAUAAAAUUGAUCGUGAAACAUUGCAACAGACGGAGGACUUAUAUAAUGAACUAGGAAAAUUGGAACAUAUGGUUGGAAAGAAUAAAUAUGAAAAAAAAAAUCCUACAUUUUCUGACAUGAAAUCCAAGAAAGUUGAAGAAAAAAAGCCAUGCCAAGUUUGUAUCACUGAAAACAAAGGGACACGCUACUAUCCCGAAGAAAAAUGCUGGUUUAAAGGGAAAAAUCAAAAAGCAAUUGUGAAAAGUGUGAAUAACUCAGAAUUGGAAGUUGAGCUGAAUGAGCAGAAUCCAAAAAACUCGUAGUACCACCAUUAAUAAAAGUAAAGCUGCUGUUAAAUGAUACAUUAAGAGUGUCUGGGAUUUAUGACCCAGGUUCAAAUGUGUCAUUAAUAAAUUCUAAAUUAUUAAAGAUAAAA